AUGAAUAUUAAAAGUACAAAAAAUAAUGAAAAUGAUAAUUUUUGGAAAAAUCAGAUUAAUGAAAUAUCAAAUAUGAGUCCAGAAGAAUUGAAAAUACACCAUUUGCCUAUAUCUAGAAUUAAAAAAAUUAUGAAAGAAGAUGAUGAGAUAAAAAGUAAUCAAAUGGUUUCUGCAGAUACUCCUGUAUUAUUAGCAAAAGCAUGCGAAUUAUUUAUAAUGGAGUUAACAAAUUAUGCAUGGAAGCACACAGAGGAAGGUAAAAGAAGAACUUUACAAAGACAAGAUGUAGUAUCAGCUGCUUGUAAAAAUGAUACAUUUGAUUUUUUAAUAGAUUUAAUACCAUUGGAAGACAGAAUGAAAUAUGUUAAUUUAAAUAUUAAAGAGAAUACUGAAAAAAGCAAUCACCUUUCAAAUUAUGAUAUGAUGCAACAAUAUUAUAGUUUUUAUUCUUCAUGUAAUGAUAAAAAUACUAUGAAUACACAAAUUAGUAACAAUUUUAAUAAUAAUAAUAAUAAUAAUAAUAAUAAUAAUAAUAAUAAUACAAAUGACAUAAAUUCUAUUUAUAAAACUAAUAAUAAUGAUACUGCGUUAAAUCCUUCUCUCAAUCUACCAAAUAAUUUAUUUUUGAAUUUAAAUCAAAAUAGAUAUUUUGGUAAAGAAAAUUCUAAUUCUAAUAAUAAUAAUAAUAAUAUUUCAACAGGUGAACAUUUUAUUAAUAAUAACAUGGAUAAUAUCAAUUUAAAUAACUAUCCAAUUAAUAAUAAACCAAGACAAUAUAAGCAGGAUCAUUUUAAUAAUAUAUUAAAUGAUUCCAAUAAUAAUAAUAAUAAUAAUAAUAAUGACAUACAUCAUAAUAUUCAAGCAAAUACCUCUAGUAAUAUUCAGAAUAAUAUGCAAAAUAAUGAUUUUAUUAAUUCUCGUAUUCCAGUUCAACACAUUCAACAAUUAAGAAGUAAUUUUUCAUAUCCAUUGCACUCAAACAUUCCCAUACAAAAUCAUAAUAUUUCUUCCAAUAUAAACUCAAGUAUACAUUUGCCACCUUUACACAAUGGAAUAAAUAAUGACAUAAAAAAGCAAAAAUUGCAUCAAGGUCAUCAGUCAAUACAAGAUAUGCAUAUUUAUGAUAUGAAUUCCAGUUUUCAGGGAUAUUCAUCAAUAAAACCAGAAGAUAAAUCAGUAAAUGAUAUAAAAUCACAACAGAGUUAUUUAUAUAAUUAUCAAAAUGGAAAUAAGAAAAUAAAUAAUAAUUUAAUUAAAAAUUUAUCAAACAAUAAUUUAAACGAUGGAAGUUCAAGAAACACAUCUUCUUGUUCUUCUAUCGAUUUGAAAAAUAAUGUGGGUAAUGAGUUAUCAGGGAAUUUAGCUCGUAAGGUUUCGAAUGAAAUGAAAAAUAAUUUUAACCAAAGUAAAAAUUCACAAAAUACUAUUAUUAAGCAAAAUAAUAUUAUUUUAAAUGAUUUUAGUACUAUUACUAAUACUAUACAAGGAAAUUUAAAAAAUGAUAUAAUAAAUUCCAUAUCUAAUAAAUCAAGUGUAGAAUUAAAUAAAGACCUAUUAAGUAACUAUUUUAAACUUAAUAAUAAGAAUUCUAAUAAUAAUAAUAAUAGUAAUAAUUCUAAAUUAGAUAAUGUACAAUCAAAUAAUAAUCGCAUAAAUAAUAAUCAUUUAAGUAAUAAUAGCACAAUGAAUAGCCAUAUGAAUAAUUCAUUAAAUAACCACAUAAAUGAUCAUUUAAAUAAUAAAAUAAAUAAUCAAUUAAAAAAUCAAUUUAAUAAUCAAAUGGUUAUUCAACCAAAUAAUCAAAUGGCAAAUUCUAUGAAUAAACAGUUAAAUUCCUUAAUGAAUGAUACUACAUUAAAUAGUUUAAAUGAUAAUAUUUUAAACGAUAUAAUGAACAAUUCAGAUAAUAAUAUGACGAAAAAUCCAUCUAUAAAUGUAAUUAAUCAAAAUUUAGAUAAUAACAUUGUACACACUCAUUUAAGCAAUAUUAUAUCCAAUAUGAAACCAAAUUUGCAGCAAAAUUUGAAAGUUAAUAUUCCUUCCAAUAUGUAUAUUAAUUCUAACUCCCAAAGUUUGUCUCUUCCUUCUCAUCAUCAAUAUGUUAUACCGGAUAAUAAUUAUUUAUGUAAUUUUAAUCCGAAACAAUAUCAUAACAAUAAAAUCAUGAAUGAAACUUUAACAGAAAAUUUUUAA